CUUUUUCUGCCGCCCGCCAUCUGAAGAAAUAAAUUCAGCAGUUGCAACAAUGGAAGAAACACGCAAACGAAGACGGCUUUCGGAGAGCGGCAGCUUCCAGGUCGAAGAUGCCGUUAAAGAAGCUAUCAAAAAUGACACAGUCGCUACUGAGCAGCAAAACACUCCAUCUGCUGCUGCAGCUACUACUCGUCCACCGCGGAAAACGCUCUUCGUGCGAUCUCUGCCCGCCUCCGCGACGACCGAGAGUUUGACCGAGUACUUCUCGCAGUCUUAUGUGAUCAAGCAUGCAACUGUCGUUCUGGACCCGGAAACGAAGCAAUCGAAAGGCUACGGUUUCGUCUCCUUUGCCGAUCUCGAAGAUGCGCAGCGUGCUCUUGAGGAAUUCAACGGGAGCGUUUUCGAUGGGAAGAAAAUCAAAGUCGAAUAUGCCGAGCCUCGUCACCGAGAGGUCGACGAGACUGUUGGCAAGAGUCAUCCCACUGCUGAGGCUCUCAAGUUGAAGGAGGAGAGAGAACGUCGGAAGGCGGAGACCCAGCCGCCUAAACUGAUCGUGCGGAACUUGCCGUGGAGUAUCAAAGAGCCGGAUGAUUUGGCUGUUUUGUUCAGAAGCUACGGAAAGGUCAAGCAUGCGGUCCUCCCUAAGAAGGGAAAUCAACUCGCUGGGUUUGGAUUUGUGGUUCUACGAGGCAGGAAAAAUGCCGAGAAGGCGCUUGAAGGUGUCAAUGGAAAGGAGGUCGAUGGUAGGACAAUCGCUGUCGACUGGGCAGUCGACAAGGAAACCUGGGAAAAUGUACAGAAGACUGCGGAGGAAGACGCCGACCCCAAACCGGAGGUCGACGGAGACGACGACGCCGCCGCAUCAGCUCAAGAUGAGGAACAUCAGUGGGAAGACGCAAGCUCCGACGAAGAAGCCGAAGAUAGCUCUGAGGAGGACGAAGAUGUGGACAUGGAUGACGUGGAGGAUGUAGAUGAUGACGAGGAAGAAGAAGAAGAAGAAGAGAAGGAAGAUGAAAGAAAUGCUUCGACAGUCUUCAUUCGAAACCUACCAUUCACGAGCACCGACGACUUACUAUAUGAUCAUUUCACCCGGUUCGGACCAGUGAGAUAUGCCAGAGUUGUUCUUGACCCCGAGACGGAGCGGCCCAAGGGAACCGGUUUUGUCUGCUUCUACAAGGUUGAAGAUGCGGUCUCAUGUGUACGGAACGCCCCUAAGCAGUUUGAGGUGCUGGCCGAGAAGGAUAAAUCCAAGCCAUCCACGAUAGUGAAGCACUCUGUUCUACAGAAUGAGAACGCUGAUCCGACCGGACAAUACACCAUGGACGGUCGUGUUCUGCAGGUCACGCGUGCUGUCAGCAAGUCUCAGGCUUCACGAUUGCAGGAGGAAGGUGUCACGAAGCGACUUGCUAGAGACACGGAUAAGCGUCGUCUCUAUCUUCUGUCCGAGGGUACGAUUCCUUCUAACUCGGCUCUCUACAAGAAGCUUUCGCCUUCGGAGAUCAAGAUGCGCGAAGACAGUCUCAAGCAGCGACAGACGCUCAUCAAGAACAACCCGACGCUCCAUCUCAGUCUCACCCGUCUUUCCGUCCGUAACAUCCCACGACAUAUCACCUCCAAAGACCUGAAGGCUCUCGCCAGAGAAGCGGUCGUUGGCUUUGCCAAGGACGUCAAAGCAGGUCUCCGUCAGCCAUUGUCCAAGGAGGAGCUGAAGCGAAGCGCCGACGAAAUGAGGGAAGCCGAAAAGGAGCGGAAACUGAAGGGCAAGGGAAUCGUCAAGCAGACCAAGAUCGUCUUUGAGGGACGGGACGGCAGCAAAAUCGAUGAAAAGAGCAGUGCCGGAAGAAGCAGAGGUUAUGGUUUCAUCGAGUACGCCACUCACCGCAAUGCCCUCAUGGGUCUUCGCUGGCUCAAUGGCCAUGCUGUCGAGAUGAAGCCCGAAAACGGCGAGAAGGGGAAGAAGAAGCGUCUCAUUGUUGAAUUUGCCAUUGAGAAUGCCCAGGUCGUCAAGCGAAGAAACGAGCAUCAAGCCAAGGUCCGCACUUCCAGCAAAACAGACAAGACGGACGAUGACUCUCGCGGCAUCGACGAGAAGAAAACGGGGGACAAGGAGAAGGGUAAAGAUCGCGGAGAAAAGGACAACGGUGUUGCAAAGAGGAAUCGCAUCAUCGCGAAGAAGAGGAUGCAGAGAAAGACGCGGAAAGGCAAGGCCUGA